ACAUAAAAAAAUGACAAAAAUAUCAGGAAAUAUUUUUUUUUAUUUAUUUAUUUUUUUUUUUAACUGGGAUCCACGCUGCAAAGGGAGGAAAAUACCCAACAAAUUCCAAUUGGUUUAAUAUGAUGUUAUAGUAUUUUAUUUUGUAUGAGUUUUCAAACUUUUAACUAAAGUGGUGGUGUAUGUGUAAUAUUAAACAAAAUUGUUGGUUAAGCCUAAUUUUUGUUUGGUUUUGUUUUUGUUUCUAUUAACCCUUUUCCAGAUCAUUUAAAGUUCGAUUCCGUAGUUGUCAGUCGAAUCUUUAGACAUUGCAUUUGCAUGUCCUAACAGAAUUUUUAAUUUUAAUUUAUAAUUCUAUUAAAAUCUAAUGCCACUUGCAAUUCCUAAAUGCUUCAAUUUGGUUUACGAAAUUUUACUUGAACGACAGUUAAAUAUGUAUUUUACCUAAAGAUGGAAGGAUGUCUAAUAGUUUAUUCAGCACUUUGUGUAUUAACUAUGAGUUUUAGUUUAGCAUUUGAUUGCAACCAGAUUCUAUCGGACACGGAAAUUAAAUUUUUAAACUGGGAAAAGCUAGAAGAGUGCAUAAUUGAAAUUGGAAGAAAUGCAGUUGAUAAAAAAUCAAGUGAACGUAUUUGGCAAUUAGUUAAAAAUGCAAAUGAUGGCAUAGAGAACAUUUCCCCUUUGGUCUACAAAAAUAUGGGUAAUCUCGUUACGGGCAUUCCAUUAGAAGACUUACGUAACAUCACAAUUAAUGUUGUUGAAAUUGUAAAAGCCUUUGGAUCCGUGCAAAAAGGUUUUACAGAUGAACAAAUGAAUCUGAUAGCACAAAAAGUUCGUUCCGAAUGGCCAAAUAAGAUUCCUCAAACAUAUUCAGAAUAUGAUUUGAAAUCAAUGGGUCAGAUUGUUUGUUAUCUUAAUCGAUCUGAUAUAGCUGCUAUUCAUGCAGUUGCUUUGAGAUUUGCAGUUGAAUGGAUUGGAAAUUUAGAAAACUGUCCCGCUGAUAGAAUGCAAGCUUUUGCAAAAUUAGCAGUACAACAUGAUGCAUUUGGUCCACCUGCUAGUUGGUCAACACUCGAUGUUAGCAUUAUGGGAAACAUUAUAAAAGGUCUCACACCUUCAGAGAUCGAUUCAAUUAGCAAAGAUAAAUUGCAAUUUAAUAAACAUUUUAGAGUUCACAAAAAUCGUCUCAACUCUACUGCGACGAUGAGUGAAAACGUAUGGAGAAGGAGAAAUAAAGCUGAUAAUAGUUCAAAUAAAGGUGAACCAAAUGAAGAGUCAAAUACAAUGUCAAACUGAAUUUAAUGACUAAAAAAUAAAGAUUCUUAAACUUUAUUUUAACAACAGUAUUAACUAUAUAUGAGUUCUUCUUUGAAAAUACAAAAAAUCUUAGCAAAUUAGUCUGGCCAAGGCGCCAGAGAAUUCACAACAAGGCCCAAUUGGUUACAUUUAUUGUAGCUGUAUCAAAAUUUGUAUCAAUUUUCAAAGUUUAUACUUUAACUACACUGUUGUGUAUACGUAACUUUUUCUUUAACAAAUUUCUGUCAGUUAAGAAUAACUUGGAACUGAUCUUUCGGACCAGUAACACAUUUACAUAUACCUACGGGCCUUCUUGACUGUUCAGGCCUAGGGCCACAAACGUAAUGGCUCUUAGUUUGGGUUAAUCAAAACUUUUUGAGGAUAUUGAA